AUUAAUUAAAAAAACGUAACAAAAGAAGCUAGAGGAGGCCGGCCGGAUAUAGUAAUUACAAAAUAUCCAUAAGGCGGUUGAUGACGUCGUCUCCUGAUGGUGGGGCAAUGAAGAGCGGCGGCGGCGGAGUGGCGGGAAGGAGCGGCGGCGGGCGGCAGAUGCUGAAGAAAGGGCCGUGGACGACGGCGGAGGACGCGGUUCUGAUGGAGUACGUGAAGAAGCACGGGGAAGGGAAUUGGAACGCGGUGCAGAGGAAUUCGGGGCUGAUGAGGUGCGGGAAGAGCUGCAGGCUAAGGUGGGCCAACCAUCUCCGGCCCAACCUCCGGAAGGGCGCCUUCUCCCCCGAGGAAGAGCGUCUCAUUGUCGAGCUUCAUUCCAAGCUCGGCAACAAGUGGGCUCGCAUGGCCGCUCAGCUUCCCGGGAGAACAGAUAAUGAGAUCAAGAAUUACUGGAACACGAGAUUGAAGAGGAGACAGAGGGCCGGUUUGCCUCUAUAUCCCCACCAGCAGCUUCAACCCCAAAACCCAUACCUUCCAAACAAUCAAUUACUCUUAUCCAGCCGUUCGCCGUCGUCUCCCUUAUCGGCGCUUUUAUCAGCACCGCCACCGCCGCCCCUGUCCAUCGUUGACCACAUCUUCGACCCCUCUCCGGCGACGGUGAAAUCUCCCGCUCCGCCUCUCCGCACCCAAAACUCCCAUCAUUUCAAGUUUCUCCCCCGCCCUCCUCCGGCCGGUGCUCUGGCUCUGACGUUGGCCCCUUUGUCGCCGGCUAACGAACCUUUCGGCCACGCGCCGGCGAGCCCGUUCCCGUUCGGCUCUUUCAAUCCCAGCUUUGCUGGCGGCGGGUACGCCGGUCCGACGGGGACUGUGAACUUUCAUGAGCGACCUUCAAUCCAAACCACCGCGCCGGCGACAUCUUCCGGGAAUCUUUUCCCGGCGUCGAGCGAAGAUGCCGGCGACUACGAGGAAACCGAUUUACCCCGCAGUAAAAGCGGGUUGUUGGAGGAUUUACUGCACGAAUCAGAUGCUUUGUCGCGGGCGAACAGAGAUCAUUCCUCAGAUGAGAAAAGGAAACAAAAAUCUAUGAUUGCCUUUGAAGGGGAGAGUGAAGGGGAGGGCAAAAAUGACAAUGAUAUUAAUGUGAUGGACGAGGAUAUAAUGAGUCUUCUUGACAAUUUUCCACUGGUAGUGCAAGUUCCCGACUGGUACGGUGGAGCCGACCACGGCGGAAGUGGUGAUCUGGCAUGCGGCGGUGGUCAUUCCGGCGGCGGCAGGGGAGAAGAUUCGAAAACGUCGAGCACGACAACAUCGGAGGCCACGUUGUGCUGGAAUAACAUGCCCUGUAUUUCUUAGACCGAUCGACUAGUAGCGAAUUUGAUGUUGGUUAUGUGUGUCACUUCAUGUGUUAAAUGCGUGGCUAUUUGAGUAUAAUUUGAUAAUUACGAGUGUAAUACGACGUAGUAGAUGAUUAACACAUGUAGUGAUCUACAUUUAGAAGUACUUAGCUUGUGUGUCGUUAAUUAGGCUAUUUUGUUGCCUUAAAUUCAUAUUGGUUGAGUCUAUGUAUUUUACAUUUUUACAUUGCGCUAUUUGCGUGUCAUGAAUUCAAAAAAAAAAAAAAAACAGGGUUAUUGG